UUUAUUUAUUUAAGUUUAUUCUUUAUAAUAUUUUCUAUUUUAUUUAUUAAUAAGCCUAAUAAAAGCUUAUAUUUUUAUAUUAACUACCAAGCCCUAAACACAAUUAUAAUUAAAGAUUAUUAUCUACUAUCCCUGGUAAAAAAGACCCUAAAUAAUUUAAAAAAAAUAUAUUAUUUUAUAAAAAUUAAUAUU